CCUCGCUCUUGUGCUCUGGAAUUUUACUCCAGCAACAACACCACAUACUCGCUUUUGGUUUUGUAAACCGUAACAUGUACUACAUUUAGUGUUGGGGGACGCUGGGAGGACGCUGGGCGGGAACAAAAUGUGGGAAAUCCAGCAUAAAAUUGACCCUUGGGAAAACAGUUCCGAAGUGUAAACUCACCCCUCUCUCCAUCCUUUCUUUUUCCUUUUUGCCUUUUGCGACUUCUCUCUCGCUGUUCAUGUGUGUGUAUGUGUGUGGUGAAAUGGAUAAACGUAUAAAAGGGGUGGAGUAGUACCCAUCCGUGUCCAUUCUGAUGUAUCAAGCUUGUGAUUAGUGUUACACUACAAAAGUAAAACAGUCUAAACAAUGGAAAGAUUGAGCCAAGUACAAACCCAUUUGACAUCUGCCUCUAGAGGAGGUGUGCAAGCUGCUAAGCAGAAGAACCCGGACGAUGUUGUUAUUGUUGCGGCUUACAGAACGGCCAUCACCAAGGGCGGUAAGGGUCUUUUCAAGGAUUUGAAGUCGGAUGAGAUCUUGUACAAGUUCACAAAGAAGUUUUUGGAGAAGGUGAACGUUGAUCCGGCAAAGAUUGGUGACGUUGCCUGUGGUAACGUGUUGAACAAAGGUGCGGGCGCCACUGAGCACAGAGCUGCCGUCUUGGCGGCUGGUAUCCCAGACUCUGUUCCAUUCAUUGCCAUUAACAGACAGUGCUCAUCGUCGUUAACUGCCGUUAACGACAUUGCCAACAAGAUCCUUGCUGGUCAAAUCGAUAUUGGUUAUGCCUGUGGUGUGGAGUCCAUGACCUCUCACUACGGCCCAGGUGCCCUUGCAGAAAUAUCUCCAAACUUGAAGAAGGAUGUCAAUGCGAAGAAGUGCGAGAUCCCAAUGGGUAUUACAAACGAAAACAUUGCUGAUAAGUACCACAUUGACAGAAAGGUUCAAGAUGAGUUUGCCGCUGCUUCUUACAACAAGGCUGAGAGAUCCAUCGAGUUGGGAUUGUUCAAGGACGAAAUCUUGCCAGUUGAAGUUGAAGUUACUGAAGAAGAGGAGAACGAUGACGAUGAAGAGGACAGCAAAGUUGUCAAGAAGACUGUGAUUGUGGAUACGGACUCAGGUCCAAGAAAGGGUGUCAGUCCGCAAUCUUUGGCUAAGAUUAGACCAGCUUUCAAGAAGACCGGUUCCACACACGCUGGUAACUCUUCCCAAGUUUCUGAUGGUGCAAGUGGUGCAUUGCUCGCUAGACGUGACGUUGCAGAGAAGUUGGGGCUUCCUAUCGUUGGUAAGUACGUUGCAUACAGAGUGUUGGGUGUCCCACCAGAGAUUAUGGGUGUUGGUCCUGGUUAUGCCAUUCCUCAGGUUUUGGAAGCCACUGGAUUGAAAGUUGACGAUGUUUCCGUCUAUGAGAUCAACGAGGCAUUUGCCGCCCAGGCUUUGUUCUCCAUUCACAAGGUUGGCAUUGAUAUCAACAAGGUUAACCCAAGAGGUGGUGCCAUUGCCCUUGGUCACCCAUUGGCCGCUACAGGUACAAGACAACUUGCCACAUUGUUGAGAGAGUUGAAGACUGGUGAAAUUGGUGUCACCUCUAUGUGUUUGGGUACCGGUAUGGGUGCUGCCGCUGUGUUUGUGAAGGAGUAGGACUCAUUUUUGGUGUAGAUGUCAC